AUGGCGCCGUCGGCGCUGCCCAAGGCGGCCCUCGCGAUUCUCGCGACGGUCGGCGCCCUGCUCGUGGGCGUGCGCCUCGCGCACCCGGCGGCCACGCUGCCCGACGCGCUGCUCGCCGCCGUCCAGCGGCUCAACGACCACGACAUGUCGCCGUCGAGCGUCGACGCCGAGGCCGGCGGCAACGGCACGGUGACCUACGACGACUUCCUCGCCAUCGAGGACGUGCGCGCCUUCCUGAAGAUGAAGGGCCUGUCGACGAAGGACUACGGCGACCACCCGACGCUCUUCAAGUACGUCCCGCGGGAGGUGACCAUGUCCAAGACGGAGAAGCUGAUGCGCGGCGAGCUCGGCGAGGCGGCGAGCGCCGGCUACGUCGCCUACGCCGUGGCCUACUACGACGGCUCCGAGAACACGGCCUCCUACCUCAUCGUCCAGGACAUGGAGGGCAGCCUGCUCCAGGUCGCGCCCUUGUACGGCGAGGUGUUGAGGAACAAGGGCCUCUCCCACGCCAACGAGGGGGAGAUCUACAAGGGCAUCGGCCUGAAGAACUACAACUCGACGCAUCUGCUCGUGGCCUUCGGCAAGGAGAGCGCCCUCACGGGGCCGCGCGCGCUCUUCGACGUCGACAGCGGCGCCUGGAUCGAGCUCUGCGACGGCGAGUCCAACGACUCCCACGACAUCCAGAUGGCCUACAAGGGCGCGGCCCUCUGGCAGGCCGACGGCCGCACGGUCACGAAAAAAUUCUCCGCGGCCGACGGCUCCGAGCUCGCCGAGUUCCAGAUGACCGACAUCGCGGACCCGAACCACGUCCAGCUCGUCGAGGAGGACAAGUACGCCUUCGUCUCGUCGCGCCAGACCGACGGCAUCGUGCGCGUCCACGUCGCCACGGGCGACGUCGUCUACACCAUCGGCGGCGAGUACGGCGACUUCGAGAUCUUCGACGCCGCCGGCCGCAAAUGGAAGAAGGGCACGUCGCUCUGGGUCGGCCAGCACAACGCGGAGUACUUCGGGGACGACGAGUUCUGCCUCUUCGACAACCAGGAGGCGUCGGCGUCGUCGACGCUCAACGCGUCGCGCCUGCUCUGCCUCCGCCUCGACGAGGCGGAGGGCACGGCGACCGUGACGUUCGAAAAGGUCCUCGACUCGUACACGCCCCACUUCGGCGACAACGACCGCCUCCCCAGCGGCAACCAGCUCGGCGUGUCCUGGCCCAAGACCUUCUCGACGGACGACCAGUACGACGUCCGGGCCAUCGAGGUCGUGCGGUCGAGCGGCGACCUCGCGUGGCAGAUGGACGUCGUCGGCGUCAAGUGCGACGACGCGUCGGGCACCUGCGACCGCGGCGUCGACGGCGUCGGCUGGACGUCCUACAGCAUCGAGCGCUUCUACGCGGCGCCCAUCGUGUCGAACGCGACCUGCGACAAGGCGAGCGGCGUCGUCCGCUUCGACGCCGUCAACAACUUCAAGCAGAACAACGUCGCCCCGGCCACCUACGCCGUGUCGGCGGCGGCGGGCACGGACAAGCCCUACGCGACGGGCGACUUCGACUUCAAGGUCCACUGGCGGCAGACGCCCGUCGCCGUCGACCUCGGCGCGGGCAAGGCCAAGGGCACGCUCGUCGUCACCGUGACCAACGAGUGGGGCGACAUGGCGGCCCAGUCCGUGACCUGCGCCUAG